AUGGCAGCAUCUUUCUUUUCUGAUUUUGGCCUCAUGUGGUAUCUGGAGGAGCUCAAAAAGGAGGAGUUCAGAAGAUUCAAGAUGCUCCUCAAGGACGAACCAUUGCAGCUUGGACUUGGACAGAUUCCCUGGGCCGAAGUCAAGAAGGCGACACGAGAAGAUCUUGCCAACCUCCUGCUCAAGCAUUAUCAGGAGGAGCAAGCAUGGGAUGUGACCUUCAGGAUCUUCCACAGGAUCAACAGGAAGGACCUCUGUGACAAGGCCAAGACAGAGAGUACUGGAUAUACAAAGAUGUAUCAAGUUCACAUAAAGAAAAAAAUCAGCCACAUAUGCUCCCGAGAACCCCUCACUAGGAUUCACGAUUACUUUGAGCAGAAGGAACAUGAAUACAUGAAACUCCUUUUUGAACCUAAGGCAACUGGAGAAGAGCCACCACGUACUGUGGUCCUUAUGGGAACCCAAAAAUUCGGGAAGACAACCCUUCUGCUCAAGUUAAUGUUGGCCUGGGCAAAGGGCACCCUUUAUCCAAAUAGGUUCUUGUAUGUUUUCUACUUCUGCUGCCGAGAAGUGAAGCUGAUGACAGUAACUAGCUUGGCUGAGUUGAUCUCCAAAGACUGGCCCGAGCCACCCGCACCAACAGCAGAGGUCUUGUCCCAUCCAGAGAGACUCUUGUUCAUCAUUGACAGCUUUGAGCAGCUGACGUGUGACUUGGAAGAACUUGAGCCUGACUUGUGCAGUGAUUGGACGCAGCAGCGAUCGGGAGAGGUGGUGCUGGGUAGUUUGCUAAAGAAGAAGAUGCUUCCAGAAUCCUCACUGCUCGUUGCCACCACACCCAAGUGCCAGCAGGAACUGGAAGCUCAGCUGGAGCACCCAGAAAUUAAAGCCAUCGUGGGGCUCGAUGAGAGCGACCGGAAACUGUACUUUUCCUGUAUCUUUCAAGACAGGAGGCGAGCCACGGAGGCCUUCAGCUUUGUAAGAGAAAACGAACAGCUCUUCUGCAUGUGCCGCAUCCCUGUCCUCUGCUGGGUUGUGAGCACCUGCCUGAAGCAGGACAUGGAGAGAGGCAGAGACCUGGCCGUCUCCUGCCGCAACGCUACCUCUCUGUACACCUCUUUCAUCUUCAAUGCCUUCGCACCCGCGGGGGCUGCAUGGCCUUAUCAGCAGAACCAUGCACAGUUAAAGGGCCUGUGCUCCCUGGCUGUGGAAGGCAUGUGGACGGACACAUAUGAGUUUGAUGGAGAGGUUCUCAAGAGAAAUGGGCUAGUUGAAAGGGACAUCUCUGCGUUGUUGGACGUAAAGCUUCUUCAGAAGUGCAGGGGGUAUGAAAACUCAUACACAUUCAUCCAUAUGUGUGUCCAGGAGUUCUGUGCUGCUAUGUUUUAUAUGCUAAAGGGUCCCGAGGAUCACCCCAACACAGCUGUUGGAUGCACCAAGACACUGCUAUUGACCUAUCUACAGAAAACAAAGGCACACUGGAUUUUUUGGGGGUGUUUUGUGUUCGGUCUUUUAAAUCCUAAGGAAGAGCAAAGGUUGAAUGCGUUCUUUGGCUUCCAGCUGUCCCUGGAGGUCAAGCAGCAAAUCUACGAGUGCCUGAAGAGUUUAGGUGAGCAUGACCAUCUGGAGGGAAACAUGGAUUUCUUGCUGCUGUUUUACAGUUUGUUUGAGAUGCAGGAUAAAGACUUUGUGAUGCGGGCGCUGGACUGCUUCCAAGAAGUUCGUUUCGCUGUCACUGACAGCGUGGACUUGAUGGUGUCUGCCUACUGCCUACGACACAGUUCUGGCUUGAGGAAACUUUCUUUCUCCACCCGAAAUCUCUUCAAGCAGGAGGAUGAAGGGGGCGCUAUAUCAAGUUGCAGUCUUGCCCAGUGGCAUUACAUCUGCUCUGUGCUUACCACAAAUGAACACCUCAGAGAACUACAAAUAUCCAACUCGGUCCUCAGUGAGUCAGCUUUUGGGACUUUGUGUAAAGAGCUCAGGCAUCCCAAUUGUCACCUUCAAAAGCUUGAGAUAAGUAAUGUUACUCUCAUUGGUGAAAGCUGGCUUUUAUUUGAGGUAUUCACUCAGAACCCACAUUUGAGAUACGUGGACCUCAGCCAUACAUCGCUUUCCGAUUAUGAUGUGAAGAUGCUCUGUGAGGCUUUGAACCACCCAUCGUGUAACAUAGAAGAUCUCAUGUUGGCAAAUUGUCUCAUCACUGAGAACGACUGUGAAAUCAUCACCUCAGUGCUAAAAGUCAACAAGAAACUGAAGUUCCUUAAUCUAGCACACAAUUACCUGAACCGAGGAAUGGGCAUGCUAUGUGAGGCUCUGUGCCACUCAGAUUGUGUGCUGGAGGCCCUGGUGUUAGUUGGCUGCUACCUCAGUGAACCCUACUGGGAGGACAUCUGUGACGUUCUUGUGUGCAGUACAUGCCUGGUCCAUCUCGAUCUUGGUGCAAAUGUCCUGAAAGGCCAUCAUUUGGAGCUCCUGUGUGAAGCCUUAAGACACCCAAACUGCUGCCUGCAGUCUAUUUGCUUGGUGAGGUGCUUCAUCACGGCUGAGGACUGUCCAAACGUUGCCUCAGUCCUCACCAGCAAUCCAAACCUGCACAACCUGGAAAUUGGGGACAAUGACUUGGAAGACAGGGGCGUGAAGGUGCUGUGUGAAGCUCUGAUCCAUCCCAGCUGUCACUUAGAGAGUCUUGGAUUGGACGUGUGUCAGCUGACUAGUGCCUGCUGUGAGGACCUGGCCUCUGUGCUCACCAGCAGUAAAACUCUGAAGAGACUAAACCUGAUUGGAAAUAACUUUGAUCAUGACGCGGUGGUGGUGCUGUGUGACGCCUUGAGACACCCUGAGUGCACCCUGUGCGUGCUUGGGUUGGACAAAGAUGAAUUUGGUGAAGAAACCCAGAGACUUCUGGUAGAUGUGGAAGAGAGCGUCCCCUCCUUGACAAUCAUGGAGUACUACUGA